GGCGCGCGGCCUAACGGCGGCGGUGGUGACGGCGGCAGCAGCGGCGGCCUUGGGGUCGGCGAGCUUGGCUGCUACAGGUUCCCGCAGCGGCGCCCGCGAGGGACCCGGGCCGCGGGUGGAGGAGGAGGUGCGGGGCGGCGGCGCUUGGCGAUGGUGGGCGUCCCCGGAGCGGCCGCCUUCCAGCUUGGUGCUGACAAAAGGGUGCCAGCAAUGCCUGGAUCGCCUGUGGAAGUGAAGAUACAGUCAAGAUCCUCACCUCCCACCAUGCCACCCCUCCCACCAAUAAAUCCCGGAGGACCUAGGCCAGUGUCAUUCACUCCUACAGCAUUGAGCAACGGCAUCAACCAUUCUCCUCCCACCCUGAAUGGUGCCCCAUCACCACCACAGAGAUUCAGCAAUGGUCCUGCCUCUUCCACAUCAUCUGCACUAACAAAUCAACAGUUGCCAGCCACUUGUGGUGCCCGGCAGCUCAGCAAGUUGAAACGUUUCCUCACCACUCUGCAACAGUUUGGCAAUGACAUCUCACCUGAGAUUGGGGAGAAGGUGCGGACUCUUGUUCUAGCACUGGUGAACUCAACAGUAACAAUUGAAGAAUUCCAUUGCAAGCUCCAAGAGGCUACAAACUUUCCUCUUCGUCCUUUUGUUAUUCCAUUCCUCAAGGCGAACCUGCCUCUGCUGCAGCGAGAACUGCUGCACUGUGCUCGGGCCGCCAAGCAGACACCAUCCCAGUACCUGGCUCAGCAUGAACACCUUCUGCUCAACACAAGUAUUGCAUCCCCUGCUGACUCUUCUGAGCUGCUCAUGGAGGUGCAUGGAAAUGGAAAGAGGCCCAGUCCAGAGAGGCGGGAAGAGAGCAGUUUUGAAAGAGAGACAGUUCCUCCUGAGCCUCCUGCCAAGAGAGUGUGUACCAUUAGCCCUGCUCCCCGGCACAGUCCUGCCCUUACUGUGCCCCUCAUGAAUCCUGGGGGCCAGUUCCAUCCUACUCCUCCACCUCUUCAGCACUAUACCUUAGAAGAUAUUGCAACUUCCCACCUAUAUCGUGAACCCAACAAGAUGCUAGAACAUCGAGAAGUUCGUGAUAGACACCACAAUCUUAGUCUAAAUGGAGGCUAUCAAGAUGAGUUGGUAGACCACCGUUUGACAGAAAGGGAAUGGGCAGAUGAAUGGAAACAUCUUGAUCAUGCCCUGAACUGCAUUAUGGAAAUGGUAGAGAAAACAAGGCGCUCCAUGGCAGUCCUGAGGCGCUGUCAGGAAUCAGAUCGUGAAGAACUCAACUACUGGAAAAGACGAUACAAUGAAAACACAGAGAUGAGGAAAACAGGGAGUGAGUUGGUCUCCAGGCAGCACAGUCCUGGGAGCGCAGAUUCUCUCAGCAAUGAUUCUCAGCGGGAAUUCAACAGUAGGCCAGGAACAGGAUAUGUACCUGUGGAGUUUUGGAAAAAAACUGAAGAAGCUGUGAAUAAGGUGAAAAUUCAGGCCAUGUCAGAAGUACAGAAAGCCGUUGCUGAGGCAGAGCAAAAAGCCUUUGAAGUGAUUGCUACCGAGAGAGCUCGGAUGGAGCAGACAAUAGCGGAUGUCAAACGGCAGGCCGCAGAGGACGCCUUUCUCGUCAUAAAUGAGCAAGAAGAGUCGACGGAGAACUGCUGGAACUGUGGCCGCAAAGCCAGUGAGACCUGCAGUGGCUGCAAUAUCGCACGAUACUGCGGCUCUUUCUGCCAGCAUAAGGAUUGGGAGCGCCACCACCGCCUCUGUGGCCAGAACCUGCACGGCCAGAGUCCUCACAGCCAGAGCCGGCCACUGCUUCCUGGAGGGAGGGGCUCCUCAGCCCGGUCCGCCGACUGCAGUGUGCCAAGUCCAGCCCUGGACAAGACCUCGGCAACCACCUCGCGCUCCUCAACACCUGCCUCUGUGACAGCCAUCGACACCAGCGGACUCUGAGCCCCAGACUCGCUUCCCCCUGAUGACCUCACAGCACGACAGACUCUGCACAGGAGGUUGGCUGCUUGAACCAGUGCAAGUAGCUGUCGGGUCAUCAUCAAGAGAAGUGGAGGCAGGAAGACUUCAAGCCCCGGCAAACACUGCUCCCCAACCUCUCCACACACUUGCCCCAGUUCCCCGUCUGUGUCCUUGGGGGAAGUCAUGUGCACACAGGCAGCUGGCUGGAGCUGCCUCCUCCAUGGCUUCCUGGUUUGUUCCUCUCCCAGCUGAAGCUGGGAUGGCCGGCCACUUUUCUGUGUAGCCCGCCAGCUCCCCUCCCUGCCUCGUGAGGCAGCAGACUGUCGAAUGAACCCUGCCAGGCUGGAGGCAGCUCACCCCAUGUGCUGUCCCCUACUCCAUCGUCCUCCCAUGGCAGAGGCCUGGAGACUGAUAGCAAGCCGGGAGGAGGCCUCUCUCCCAAAGGGAGUUCCCCUUGCCCCUAACAGCUCCUUGAGCCCAUCCUCAGCAGGUGCCACUGAUUGGUCCCGUGGGGACUUGGGCAGGCCAAAAGCAGCACUCAGGACUCCCUCCUCGACCCUGCUGUUCAGACUUAAGAUUCUCAGAAACCACAGGAAAGAAGUCACCGUUUCAGUAAAAAGCACCCAUAAUAAAAAAUAAAACUUCACCAAGCAUCACAGAUCAUUUUGGACAAGAUUUUCUAACCUGGCUGGCUAUUUUAGUUUGGGACCCAUUUUUUUUUUCUCUUAUUUGAUUUUGCUUAUGCAGAAAAUAGUUUUCAGCGCAUGGAUUGGUCUGAGGGAGAACGAGACUCAAUUGUGGAUAGUCUGUUCCCUCUGAGCAUGUUUGCCAAACUAAUAUCACAUUAUUGAAUGGAUCAUCUAUUGGAAAUGCAGAACGUUUUGUCACCACUUGGCUCUUUGCACAGUUGUCUUGUUCCGUGUCCUUUUAUCUCAGACCACGCAUGUCCAGAUCACUGCGUGGAUCUUCUUCCCGUGGUCUCUAUUUGGCACCUCUGAAGCCGUAGUUGACCCACAGGAUGCGAUGUGGUGUGGCUACGACUUGCCUCACCAAUCAAGGCCUGGUCACUUCUGAGCAACCCUUUUGGACCUGAAGGAGUUCUUCAAACCUUGUCAUUAUGUCCUAUAUCAAUUUAUUAUUGGGCAUACAAUCUGUUUCCCUUCUCUUGUUUUGUUGGUACCUGCCCUCUUUGAGCUAAGGAAAGUUCUGUGAAAUGUGACAACCAUUUGAGAGAGCCUGACCCAUUUUUCUUCCUGUCUUCAGGGAGUUUUCCAGCUGCUUACCUAGCUCUCCGAACAUGACAUCACCUAUAGUCCCUUUAAAACGUUAGGAACUGCCACACACGUUCUUCCCUGUCAUUCAAGUUUUAUUGGGAGCCCAAGGACUUUGACCCUCCCCCACUCCACCUCCAAGCCUUCAGCGCCCUCUUGCGGCAAGGUCCCGCUGGCCCUGGAAAGCUCAGCUUUAGAUGGCCAAUUUCUGUGCAUUGGCCAGAGUGAAUUGAAAGCUCUCAGUAAGGUAUCAGCGUAGGUAACGUUGUCCUUACAUAUAGGUGUAUCUUACUUUAAGAACUUUAAGUCCCUAAUUUACCUUACCCAAGGAUUUUCUGUCUUAAAAGAAACUCAGAACAAGGCACCUUUAGAAUACCUGGAUUUCUGCUACAUAAAGUAAGACAUCCCCAGAGAAAGAAUAACAGAAUAGUUACUUUAUUGUGGAACUCCUUAAGCUGUAGCAGUUGGGGUGUCCUGACUAACAGAGAUGAAAUCAGAACCCCAGACAGGAGUUGCCUACAUUUCCCUGAGAUAUAGGAUGUCCCCUGAGAGGAGGUCGCUGAGCCUGUAAACCUGUUGCAGCAAGAGGGUGUCUCGUGGUGUCCGCUGGGUCUGUCCUCAGCUCCCUUUUUCAUUGGCAAGUUGGAUGAACACCUAGGCAUGUUCGUUAAGCCUUCAGUGGCCACAGGACUAGCCAGGGUAGCUCAGGUUUUUUCGGGUUGGAAUAAAGAGCCAAAACCAACCGAAUACUGUUCGUCAGGGCUCGAUGUCAAGCUCUACAGGUAAGGUUUAGGAUUAGUGUGCAGGUAGGUCCUAGCUGACUUUUGUGGAGUGUGGUUCCAAUGACAGCUUAAUUUUCAGAAGUUUUGUAAUGCUAUUCUAAACGGCUUUGCUCAUGUGCUACCCAGAGGCCAAGCUGAAAGGCAGUGUUCCACACUACAGUUCAGAUCUCAGGCCUUUUGCUGUAUUAAUUUUGGUCAGUUUCACACAUAGGUUGCUAGGGCAUCUGUCCAAGACUUCCUAUUUAAAUGUAAACAGUCCCUUUCUCCACCUCCCGCUCUUCUGAAAUUCUCCAGCUCUCUGGUUAGGAGGAGAAGGGACACUAUCUUGGGAUGGGGUGAGGGGACUGGAGGGCAGGGGUGAGGCCAGGUUCCCCACUUGGUUUCCCGUGUCUGCUGAUAACCACUCCAGCUGCCAGGUUGAGGGUGCAGAUUCAGGCUUCCCCCUUUCAUUUAAUUAGAUUUAAAAUAAUAGACUGCUUAGAGGAUCAACCUUUAUAGUUUGAGGGGACAAAAAAAGACAUAGUGGUGGUACUGAAGGUAUUGUCAGGGUAGUCAUAGGCUCUUCAAUAUUAUCCUGGAAACCAAAAGCAGAUGUGACACGUGAUGGGACAUCAUUGUCCUCUCCCCGGUGAGGAGAGGUUGCAGGAGCCAGAGAAGACCAGAAGUGGCCAACAUGGGAGCUGUCUUUAAAUGUUCUGAGGGAAGCUUGAGGGCUGGAUCCCCAGAAUUUCAAUCAUCCUUUGGGGCCACACUGCCUGCACCAGGCCUGACUCCAUCCAGUGGUGAGAACAGACUCAGGUUAGUUCUACCUGCUCAGGAAUAGGCAGCCCUCCUCCUGAGCUGUGAGCACCCCACUUGGGAGCAUCCUUGCAGCCCCCGCGAUGGGGCUCAAGCAGAUCUGCUCAGGCACAGUCAUGCGACCCUGAGGUCACAGCAAGUGCAUCUUCUCUUAGUGCCGAGUCAGGUAUGUCUCUCAGUGGAUCUAAGACUGGAAACAAGACCCAUCUCCCCAGCAUGGGUCCAUGCCUGGCAUCGGCUGCAGUGGGCCCUCUGCAGUGUGGAUGACCUUUGUACAUCUGGGCCAGUUGGUCCACCAGGAGCUCCUCACUUCUUGGUGUCAACAUGAGCAUCUUCAGCUUCUAGACAGCAAAUCUACACUUUACUUUGUACAGCCUUGUCCCAAAGUCAGAUUGAUCCCCAGUGCUGUCACCUGCUUGCAAAGGGUAGACCUUGUUAUGGGUAGUUCCAGAAGAUAUCUCAGCAAGUGGGCUUGAAGUUUCAACAACACAAUUGGAAUUGUGUGGUCGUGAGUUCUUCGGGAUGAAAGCAUAAAUGAUGACCAGGUGGCUGUUUGUCUUGGAAAUUGUAGAUGGGAUUAUGGAUUGAGUAAAUCAUUUAAAAUAGAACUCAUCUUGGAGGCUUUCUUCAGCACUGGUUUCCAGGCUCCCAGGUCAAUAGACCAAGCCAAGUUUCUUAGUUUUUUUUUUGUUUUUUUUUUAAGCUAUUUACAGAGAACUAGGUGGUGGCAGGUUUGAACCAAAUGUAAGAAAAGCUAGAGAGACCUGGACUGUUCCAGCAUGGGCCAGCCGGCCAGCUGUCAGGAAGGAGUCCUGCCUGGGUUGGAGUGGGGUGUUGUACAGGGUGAGCUGUUGAAUAGGGCCCUUCCAACUCUGUAGUUAUUGUGAAACCAAAAUGUUGACUACCUGCCUCUUUGCCCACGUGCAUUGACAUGCUCAAUUCCAAAGAUGAUGGUGCAGGCGACCUUUUCCAUCGUGAGCCAGGAGAAGGUUGAGGCCUGAGGGCGGACCUUGCAUCCACCCUUUGCCUCCACAGCCCCAGAGGUGGAGCUUCCCCUGCUACCCCAUCUGGUUAGACCCACAGCUGCCCAGUGUACACUCAUUGAUCCUUAUACCAAAUAGGACAUGCGCAGCUGGCAGCUGGCAGGGACAGCGCCGUCCCGGCACUGGAGUUGGCAAGAGAGAAGCAGCAAUAAGCAUUAGGCGAAUGGCUGAAAGUGCCGUUUGGCUAAGAGGCUUUCGAAGUUCCUGAUGAGGCUACAAAAGCUCCGUCCAUAAAAGAAAGCCAAUAAUGUAAAUAAAUCAAAAACUAAGCUUCCAAGCGUGGUUUUCUAAGGGGGAUGAUGAAUGUGAAACCACCCACGGGAUGCGGUAGGUUCGGUUUUUCUGUGCUUUGUCAUUCUACUCUGAUAGGAACUUUUGUUACUUAACUCUGUGCAUAACUUAUUUAAUGUACUGUAUAAAUGAACCAAAACUGUUAAAUAUGUAUUUAGUUUGUUCUACUUAAAGUAGUCAAUAAAAAGGCUAUAUUCCUU